AUCAGGAACCGAAUUCGGGUUCAAUAGCCUAGACCACGCCGCAUGAAGCGUGCCUGAGCUAGCCUCCGUCAUGGAAUACAUAAUGAGGAUAACCGGUCUCCACGAGUUCGUAGAGUUUGCAGCCGAAGACCUAGUUGGAGUCACCGAAUCCGGACUCCAAUCCGUGUUCUUAGCAAACAACGACGAAUCUGUUUUCCUAAACUUCAGCGAGCCAGUGUAUGGUCAGACAAUUAAAAGUCCCAUUGAGACGUUCAUAAAACGUAACAACGGUCCAGGAGUGCAACACUUGGCUCUCAUUACUAACGAUAUAUUCAAAACCCUAAGAGAGAUGAAGAAGACGUCAUUAUUCGACUUCAUGCCACCACCAGAAGGCGAUUACUACCAAAAACUAAAGGCGGUGGCUAGCGGUUUCUUAACGGAGGAGGAAAUACAAGAAUGCGAGGCGCUAGGGCUUAAGGUGGACAAGGACCAUGAAGGUGUUAUAAUCCAAACAUUUACAAAGCCUAUUGGAGAUAGGCUUACUAUAUUCAUUGAGGUGAUACAAAGAAUUGGGUGUAUGAUUCAAGGAGAAGAUGGCAAGUUUUAUCAAAAGGGUGGGUGUGGUGGAUUUGGCAAUGGAAAGAAUUUUAAUGAGUUGGUUAAGUCAUUGGAGAAAUAUGAAAGGACUAUUAUUACUACUCAGAGUUAAUUAAACUCUUGAUAACAUUGAUCAAGUGAUGCGCAACAUGCAAGUCCUAUAUAUUGUGACAACAUA